CUAGGGUUUUACCUUUACUCAUUCGAAAACAAUCACGAUUCAUCUAUAGGAUUGACGAUUUAAACGAAAUAAACGAUAGAAUCAUUUCGAAUUUCUCAUAUCAUCUAUCUUUCGACUGUAGAAAUUUCACACCCCGCCUAUCUUUCUUCCUUUCUUUCCCCAAUCUAUCAAACACCGCAGUUUCAUUCCUUCAUGAUAAAUCAGCUUAUAUAAGACGUAAUCCCCAAAAGAUUUCUCAAGUUCGAUAUAGACAUUUUCAUUCACAUUCUUCACUUUCACAUACACCCACACCCACACUCACACAGACAAAGAAUAUUUAUAGACAUAAUAAUAAAAUGGCUAUUCAAGAUUUAGUUAAUGGUGUACCUACACCUCCAGAGACCCCAUUCGAGGGAAAGGUCGUCAAACCUGUUCAUUACUCUACUUACCCAUCCCCCCUCCCAGCUCAACAGCUUGCUCGUCUCAAAGCUCAUCUCAACUCUUUAGAAAACCCUCUUCUCAAACACAUGCAUCUCUCUCGUAUCCGUCGUUCAGAUCCUGAUCUCUUCUUCGCUGCUCUUAAAGAUGAUCUCAAUCAAAUGGCCCCUCUUGUCUACACUCCUACCGUAGGAGAAGCAUGCCAGAAAUACUCGCACAUCUACACCGGUCCUGAAGGCCUGUAUCUCUCCAUCGACGACAAAGAUAGACUUCCCGAGAUCCUCCAGGCUUACGCUGCCACUCUCUCGCGCAUCCCGCAGAUCGUCGUGGUCACUGAUGGAUCACGUAUCCUCGGACUCGGCGAUUUGGGUAUUGGUGGAAUGGGUAUCUCAGUGGGCAAGUUGAAUUUGUAUGUAGCGGGAGGAGGUAUAGAUCCUAACGGAACUUUGCCUGUGGUCUUGGAUAUGGGAACAAACAACCAAACCCUCCUCGACGACCCCCUGUACAUUGGUCUCAAACGUCCCCGUGCCUCCCUCGCCGAAGCUGAAUCUUUCAUGGACACCUUCAUGGCCACCGUCUCCACUCUCUUCCCUACUACCGUGAUCCAACACGAAGACUUCUACUCCGAAGCCGCUUUCCUAUUCCUUGAAAAGUACCAAAAGAAAUACCGAAUGUUCAACGACGACAUUCAGGGAACCGGAGCUGUCAUCCUAGCCGGAUUUCUCGCUGCUGCUCGCAAAGCUUCCGCUCUCUCUGGUCUACCUCUGAAAGACCACAAAGUCGUCUUCCUCGGUGGAGGUUCAGCCGCUGUCGGUGUCGCCAAAGAAAUGAUGAACUUUUUCCUCAUGGAAGGUCUAUCGGAACAAGAAGCCAAAGAACGUUUCUGGUUGAUCGACACCAAAGGUUUGAUCACUUCUACUCGGACUGAUGUAGUCACGGACAAGAUUGCCGGGCAUAAAAAGUAUUUCAUUCGUUACGACACUGAAGGAAAAGAAUACAAAACUUUAUCCGACGUUAUAGAAUAUGUCAAACCUACUGCACUUGUAGGAUUGUCGACAACUUUCGGUGCAUUCGAACAACCUGUCGUACGUCGAAUGGCCGAAUUGAACAAAGCUCCUAUCAUUUUCCCACUUUCAAACCCUACUUCGAAAUGUGAACUCGCUUUUUCAGACGCUUUGGAAUGGACCAACGGAAAAGUUCUUUUCGCUUCAGGUUCACCUUAUUCUCCAAUAGUUUACCAAGGCAAACUUCGAGAAGCGGCACAAGGAAAUAAUUUCCUAGUUUUCCCAGGUAUAGGAUUUGGUGCUUUGAUGGCAGGAGCGAAACAUGUUACAGAUGGAAUGAUCACCGCUUCCGCUAUUGCUUUGAGCGAGGCUAUGACUCCGGAUGAAGAAUCGGAUGAAUUGUUGUAUCCACGUUUAGAUAGGAUCAGAGAAGUUUCCGCUAGAGUGGCGGCGGGCGUGGUAUUGGCUGCUCAGAAAGAAGGAGUGGAUACGACGGAAAGGUUGAGGGGUAUGAGUUGGGAUAAGUUGGUACAGGAAAUGUUGGAUUCACAAUGGCAUGCUAGGUGUUAAAAAAACCUGAGUAAUUUUUGUUACUCGUCAAGAUCUGGCUACGAAGUUUGGACAUUUGGACGUUACGAGGUGUGUAGCGUCAACAUGUAGCGGCUAACUUUGGUGGUGGUGAUGAGGAAGGAUAGAGGAAAUGAUGAUAGAUAUUACGUUUAACCAUCGUGAGGCAUCUUAUGCAUACGACCUUUUUUUCCUUUUUUU